UACAGCCAGAUAUUUUAAGGUAGUAGUGUGAAUUAGUGUAAAUCSCGCUAUGUACCUAGACUAUAUCAUUGUUCUAGUGUUACUUGUGGCUGUCACUCAAAUUGAAAUGGGGAAAACAAAGAAGCCAUAUGUAAGGGCGAGGCAAGAUAUUCCUGAUUCGAGCAAACCUGUCAUUGGGGUUCUUGCGCAAGAGACGUCAGGAAGAAUCAACAAAUUUGCUCAAGGACAAUAUGUACUGUCAACAUAUGUGRCUCUGUUGCAAUCUGUUGGAGCUCGUGUAGUACCAAUCCUUGUAAACCAAACGGCCGAAGAAGUAGAGGAUAUAUUUAAUUCAGUGAACGGGUUACUAAUACCGGGAGGUCAUGUUAAACUGCAAUACUCUAUGUAUGGUAGAGUUGGUAAACAGCUUUUAGAUCUCGCAAUCAAGGCCAACGACAAGGGUGACGUGUUCCCAAUAUGGGCCGAGUGUCUUGGAUUAGAACUUAUAGCUUUAUUAGUAUCUGGAAGAGGCAUUAGUGAAGGGCAAUACGACUCCAAACUCUUUGAUACGGUCGAUGCUAAGAAUCUCUUUCUCCCUCUGACUCUAGUAGGUGAUUGGAAAAAUAGCAAAAUCUUUGGAUCCGCCUCUCCUGACAUGAUCAAGUUUAUGACUACAAAACUGAAAGGUUUCCACAACCACGACAAAGCCCCCUCGCCCGAGUCUCCUGAACCGCCAACAAAAAAGAUCCGUCCAUCGUUCUCAGUUUAUCAAGUGGAAACGCUCAAGUCAGUGUUUACUCACAAGCAUUACCUUGGAAAAGGAGAACGGAAACAAUUAGCCGCUGAUCUGAACAUGACCGACGAACAAGUCAAGACGUGGUUUCAGAACAAGAGAACCAAACUAAAGAAAAAGAUGUCAAGAAUCGAUGACAGCUAUUCUACGAUACUUUGCGCAAACGAGCUUAGUUACCAUGGUUACCCUGGUCAUGAAUACCCAGGCCUUCGCAGAACUAUUGAUGGCAGACUUUCUUACUAG